AUGUCUACCGACUGGUCCCUCGACUUUUGCAUUGUCUGUGAUAGACAGACUCUGGGUGGAGCAUACUGUUCCCAGGCCUGCCGGCUGGCGGAGAUCGAUCAGUACUCCUCGUUGGAGUCGGAGCCUUCCUCUCCUACUUCCACAACCGGCCCCAAUCGACCAUGGGCAGACGAUGUGCACAACCACCGAUCCUGCACGCCUUUUAGUUUUGCGGCAACAAAGGCGCCAUCGGUGCAGACCACCUUCUCUUCCAUCUCCAGCAUCUUCUCAAAGCCCUCGUCGCGGGUCAGCCUGACGCCGUCCGCCUCGCAGACAUCGCUGUCGUCACUAAGCAGCUCGUCCAGCAUCGUCACGGUGUCCGGUCGAGCCAAAACCGAACUGGAUGAAUACGCUGGCUGCUUUGACCAAGCACCAGCUGCAGGCCUGGUUGCCGACCCUAUCGACAAGCCUACGAUACGUCCCUUCGCUUAG